GUUGGUAUUUGCGUGGUCUUGUGAUCGAACCAUCGAACAGCUGAAAAAGGCGAGGAGAACAAGGUGGAGGCUUUGUGUGUUGGGUUUUCCGAGUGAGAUUAUUUCUUAAAUCGUUGUGAAAUCUCGACAGCAAUCAUGGUGGAUCGUGCGAAUAUCAAGCAGAUGAUACCGGCGUUGCCGGACGAGAAAAUCGAUAUGCUGGCAGCUACGAGUGUGCUCCAGCAGCAAGCUGCCGAUAUUAGGAAUCAACAUAUUAAUUGGCAAUCAUAUUUCCAAUCACAAAUGAUAUCAAAAGAAGACUACGAUUUUAUUGCGGCUUUUGAUUCGAGCGAUGCCAAAACAAGGGAGAAUAAAUUGAAGGAGAAUCCACAUCAGGCAGCUAAAACAUUUCUAAAUUUGCUUGGACAUGUUUCAAAAGACCAGACAAUUCAAUAUAUUCUCACAAUGAUUGAUGAUAUGUUACAGGAAGAUCGCAGUCGUGUGGAAAUCUUUCGCGAGCACUCUACACGAAAACGGGAAUCUGUUUGGGGACCAUUCCUCAAUCUGUUGAACCGGCAAGAUGGCUUUAUAAUGAAUAUGACAUCGCGUAUUAUAGCUAAAUUGGCUUGCUGGAGUCAUGAUCUCAUGGAGAAAACCGAUCUUCAGUUUUAUUUAACAUGGCUCAAGGAUCAAUUGAAACUUAGUUUCGAUGCUCUUCAGGAUCACACAGACUUGCAUGCAGGACUAGAACAAGAUACUGCUGUGGAGCAGGCCAAGGAGGCCAAUGACCUGCACGAAUUCCUCAACCCGAACAAUGAAUACAUUCAAUCGGUGGCACGAUGUCUACAAAUGAUGCUUCGUAUAGAUGAAUAUCGCUUUGCAUUCGUGUCCGUCGAUGGAAUUUCGACCCUCCUUAGCGUUCUGUCUGGCAGAGUAAACUUCCAAGUGCAAUAUCAACUUAUCUUCUGUCUAUGGGUACUUACCUUUAAUCCUCUCUUGGCAGAAAAGAUGAACAAGUUCAAUGUUAUACCCAUUCUUGCCGAUAUACUUAGCGACUCAGUCAAAGAAAAAGUAACACGUAUUAUACUUGCAGUUUUCAGGAAUUUAAUUGAGAAAGUAGAAGAUGGACAAGUUGCCAAGGAACAUUGCAUCGCUAUGGUGCAAUGCAAGGUUCUGAAACAACUUUCGAUAUUAUGUCAACGAAAAUUCGACGACGAAGAUAUCACCGAUGAUAUCGAGUUCCUCAAUGAUAAGUUGCAAGCGUCAGUGCAAGAUUUAAGUUCAUUUGACGAAUAUUCGACGGAAGUGAAGUCUGGUCGUCUAGAAUGGUCUCCUGUUCACAAAUCAGGCAAAUUCUGGCGCGAGAACGCAAGUCGUCUUAACGAAAAGAAUUACGAACUUUUGCGGAUUCUAGUUCAUCUGUUAGAGACCAGUAAAGACCCGCUCGUACUCAGCGUAGCCAGUUUCGAUAUUGGCGAAUACGUGCGCCAUUAUCCACGUGGCAAACACAUAAUUGAACAACUUGGCGGAAAACAGCGCGUGAUGCAACUUCUUGGGCAUGAGGAUCCUAAUGUUAGAUAUGAGGCUCUCCUUGCGGUGCAAAAACUUAUGGUACAUAAUUGGGAGUAUCUUGGAAAGCAAUUGGAAAAAGAACAGACAGGUGCAACUGGAGCACCUACUAACAAGCCCGGAGCACAAGUGCCAGCGAAGGCUUAAACAUUCGUGCAACUUAUGCAACUUAUACAAAUUUUUUGAUUUCUAAAAAUUUUAGGAGUAUUAUAUAUAUAUAUAUUAUAGUUCGCGUGAUAUAAUCUCACUCGCUUGUUGCAAAAUAAUAUAAGGAUAUUUCCUUCCAUUCCAUACCAUUGUAAAAACAAAGAGAAGUUACAUAGUCAAAUCCAUUUUUUUGUGCAAGUUAAUUUUGUAACAUAAACUGUUGAUGAAUUUAUGUAUAUACAGAUAUUUUACAUCGUGAAUGAGUUAGAUAUAUAUAAACGGCAGUGUAAUAAAUUUCAUCAGUGUAAUAUUUUAGCUUUAUGAAUAGAUUUAUUCUCUGGAAUGUUAAAAAAAAUAAAAUUUUAUUCUGUUGAGAAA